CUCCUGCAACCCUAAGAGCACGAAAAAUAUAUUCAAUAGAAUUAUCGAUCUCCUUCAAUUAAUUCCAUUCCUGGUGUUUCUCGAUCGAAUAUGGAUAUUGCAGCAAUACUCCGGAGCAAGUACAACCUGAAGAAGGAGACAGACAUGGUGGCCCUGGUAGAAGAAGCCGUUCUGGUGGCCUCCUUGGUCGUGCCGGAACGCCUCAAGAAACAUCGCAGCCGUAUCGUGAAACUGCUCUUCGAUGACAACCCGGGCGGCUCGGAUCUGCUCUUCUCCGACGAUGAAUUGUUCGACGACGACGACGAUGAAGACGGUGGGUUGGGUUCCAAGAUCACCACCCAUGUUUCCCCCUUGCCUGUCAACAAGACCGAGAUCAAAAUCCUCAAGAAGGGUGCUCCGGUUGAUGAUCGUUCUCCUUCUCCGAGAUGUGGCGGCGGCCGUGAUGUUCACGGCGGUGUAACCGUGGGAUGCAAGAGAAAAUCCUUCUCUGGGAAUGGGAGGCUCAACAGCAAGGUGGUCCAGGCUCCAACAUGUGGGGUCAAACAGAGGUUGCUUUCAAAAAUGAAGAGGAGGAAGCUGGUCCAAUAUAAUCCAACAUGGAUCCGCUAGCUAAUCAUAGGAUGAAGGAAAUGGAACCUUAUUCUUAAAAUGUAUGAACUGAUCGAUGAUGUAGAAUUGAAUAGGAUAUAGGUUCUUAUCAUUUUUAUCACAUGGAAAAGUAGCUAGCUAGGUUUAGCUAGUUUAAUUUGUGCAUGUGAUUCAGGUAUG